AGUGUUUGUUGACAAAUUAAUACUACAUAGACUACAUAAUUAUGCAAAGCUAUCCUGCUCGGUUCGUCGAUUAAAGCUGCUCAGGAGGGUUUAAUUCGUGCAAGUGUUAGAAGAAUGCGUUAAUAUCUAAUUAGUAAUUACCUACCCGCCGUAUAUUUAAACAAUAGGCCUACACGUACACGAUAUAUGAACUUCAAAUUAGCGAUUACUCAAGUACUCGUGUACUCUGUAUUUUUCCUUUAUUUUUAUUACUUAGUUCCACCUUCUUAUCGCUGCUUAACACUUUGAUGGAUCUCAGCUUUCGUGACGAGCGCUUCACAGAGCAUCGUUUAAUAAAGUUGUUAAAAAAUAAAAAAUAAAAAAAAACGCGGCAUAAACGAAGUGUGAAAUUAGUAACGUUUUCGUGCUUCGGCCUUUUUUUUGCAUCGUGUAUGUUUUUUUUAUCUUAACGACUUCAACACGCGGUUUUAUACGCAAAUAAUAAUCAUACGAGGUGUGGAAGUGCUUUUGAUUAAAUUAAAAAAAAUUAUUCGUCGAACUAAUGAAAAAUCUGAUACAUGUACGUAGACGUACCUGUCAUUAGAAAAGCCCACAGAAGCGAAUAUGUGCAUAUAGAAUAAUAUAGGUACCCCCCACCAUAAGCACGGUGGAAAUAACCAUCGAGUCGAUUGCGUUAUUGAGAUCGAGAGUGUUCAGUGUGUUGAAAAUGUGAUGAAAAAUGUACGCUCCUCAGGAUUUUCGAGCAUCUUUUCACGUGACGUGAUGAUACGACAAAUUUUACCGAAUUAUUAUACCUAUUCUUAGUGUCUAGUCCGGCUUGCGAGUUUGUGCAUUUAUUUUUAUAGUAUUAAGUUUUGUUUUUUUUUUGGCUCGGUGUGUUUUUAAUUUUCUAUUUUUACUGUACGAGAUUGGAUUAUGACGAGGAUGAAAGAUGAAAAUUCGACAACGAGUGCAGAACGACCCAAAAGGUACAUACCUCAAAGAUAUAUUUUCGGAUUGCUGGGAUUCAUGGCAUUGAGCAACGCUUACGUGCAAAGGUUCUCUUUAAGUUUAACCAUAACCGAAAUGACUGACUCAAAUCACGACCUGAUACCAACGAAAAAUGCAGAAGAUGUAGAAUGCCCUGUUGGAGAAAUAAUCAUCACAAACCGAACUAGUCGCACGCAAUUGUACGAAUUCAGCUGGGACGAAAAAACUCAAGGUAUAAUUCUAAGUUCUGUAUUUUGGGGAUAUGUAGUCGGACAGCUACCUGGUGGAAUGAUAGCCGAUAGGUAUGGCGGAAAACAUACCUUAGGAUUUGGAAUGCUGUUCUGUAUUCUUUGUAAUCUUUCGUUACCAUUUGUGGUUCGCAAAUUUGAAGCCAUUGGUUUAAUCGUGUUGAGAUUUUUCAUCGGUUUGGGUCAAGGUCCUCUGUAUCCCUCAUUGAACGUAAUCUUAUCACAUUGGGCUCCGUUUCACGAACGAGGACGUUUGGGAGCUUUGGUAUUCGCAGGAGCUCAAGUCGGAAAUGUAAUAUCUAUGGCGGUGACUGGUAUCAUAAUACAAAAGCUAGGAUGGCCAUAUGUCUUCUAUAUUUACGGAUUCUUCGGCAUUGUUUGGUAUAUCGUUUGGAUAACUUUUAUCUCCGAUAAACCAUCGACUCAUCGGUUCAUCUCCGAACACGAGAAAAAAUAUCUCGAAGAAAACGUCCAUGAUAUUACGGAUGAAAGAAAAAACUUACCGAGCACACCUUGGAAGAAAAUACUUACUUCGGGUCCUGUAUGGGGUGUUGUUAUCGCACAGAUAGGCCAUGAUUGGGGAUUAUUCACAAUUAUCACAGAUUUGCCCAAAUAUAUGAAGAGUGUUUUGCAUCUUUCUGUGGCUGAGAACGGGACGUUGUCAGCUCUGCCAUAUUUGAAUAUGUGGAUUUUCGCCUUAUUUUCUGGCUACGUUUGCGAUUGGUUGAUCGAGAAAAAAGGAUUUGGUAUCACGAUUGUGAGGAAAAUAUUCGUUACUACUGCAGCAACAGGACCAGCUUUAGGUAUAAUCGCAGCAAGUUAUUCGUAUUGCAAUCGAGUAGCAGUAAUUACCUCGUUCACUAUUGGUAUGGGUUUAAUGGGCGCCUUUGUACCAAGUUUGAAAGUCAACCCUUUAGAUCUGAGUCCUAAUUUCGCCGGCAGUUUGAUGGCAUUUGUUGGCGGAACUGGAGCAAUUUCCGGUAUUUUUGCACCUUUCGUGGUCGGAGUAUUGACUACACAUGGAACUCUGACGGAAUGGAGGAAUGUAUUCUGGAUAGCAUUUUACGUACUGAUUGUUACAAAUAUCGUAUACUUCAUUCUUGGUUCCGGUGAAGUACAACCAUGGAAUGAAGAAGCAUCCAGUAGCGAUGCUGACCAAACUGAAGAUGAUCCUUCGAGGAGGAACACAAUACCUGAGAUUUCCAUUCAAGAAGGUGCCGAAAGAGCUGAGUUCAAGAGAAAGAUGAGUUAUAUUAAUGGUAUACCCAUUGAUCCUAGUCGUAGACGAAGUGUAUUUGUUGAAAGACCGUUGAUCUUUUAGAAAAAUAUUAACGUACUCGCAUCGACUGAAUUGUUACCGAAAAAUAUUCGACAUAAUAAUGAGGAUUAAAACAACAAUUUAUUUGACUAAUGGUUAACAAAAUAAUCAUAAUAAUAACUCGAUAAUAAUAAUAAUGAAGAAAUCACAAAAAUUUUCAAUAAAGGCAAUGAAGAGCUGUAAAUAUUGUAGAUUUUAUUACAUGUAUUUUAUGAUUUUCUUUUUUUUUUUUUUUUUUUUUUUUUUGAAAAA